GCGCGCCGCGCAGGCGCCCUGCGCGCGGGGCCGGUCCUUGGCGACGGCGAUGCUGCGGCGCCGCCGCUGCAGUUGCAGCGCGGGGGGGAACCGGCACCGGCGCGCGCCGCCGCCCCGCGCCCGCCAUGGAGGAGAAGGCGGCGGCGGCGGCGGCUGAGCGCGGGGGGCAGCGGCGGCCGCUGCCGCGGCGCGGGGCCGAGGCGGCGCGGGGGCCGUGUGGGCAGGCCGUGCGCGGGGGGCGCCGCCGCGGGCCCGGCCGCCCCCAGCCCUCCGCCCUGCGCGGCCCCGCCGAGGAGGAGGAGGAGGAGGAGGAGGAGGAGGAGGGCGACGACGAGGAGGCCGAGGCGGCCCUCGGCGAGAGCCCCGGCGCCGAGCGGCCGUGGCGGCUGCCGGCCGCGCCGCCCCGCCCCGGCCUGGAGCUGGGGCUGGUGCCGGCGGAGCUGCGCGCCCGGCUGCUGGACCCGGAGGACUACCGCGGCCGCGCGCAGGCCGUGCGGGAGCUGCAGGCCGCCCUCGGCGGCGCCAGCGCGGCCGCGGUGGCCGCGGCGCCGGCGGCCGGGCUGCUGGGGCUGCUCGGCCUCCUCUACACCCUGCUCGACGACUCCAACUUCGAGGUGGUGCUGGGCGCCCUGGAGGUGACCCAGCUGCUGGCCCUGCGCCUGGGCUGCCGCGCCGAGGCCUUCCUGGCGCCGCUGGUGUCGGCCGCCGCCAAGGUGCUGGGCGACGGCAAGGCGGCGGCGCGGCGGGCGUGCGGCCGCCUGCUGCUGUGGCUGAUGGAGGCGGCGGGCCCCCGGCGGGUGCUGGGCCUGCUGCUGCAGCAGCAGCACCUGCGGCACAAGAACGCCAGGGUCCGCGAGGAGGUGGUGAACGUCUGCAUGGUGGCCCUGCUCGCCUACCCCAGCGAGGACUUGGACUUGUCCCGGCUGGCCUUCGACCUGGCCCCGGCGCUGGUGGACAGCAAGCGCCGGGUGCGGCACGCCGCCCUGGAGGCUUUCGCCCUGCUGGCGUCUUGUAUGGGCCCGGGCAAAACCAGCCUGCUCUUCAAGGCCGUGGACGCCGUGGAGCUCCGGGACGACGGGGACGGGGUGAUGCACGCCGUGCAGGCCAGGCUGGCCAGGAAGACCUUGCCGAAGCUGACGGACCAGGGCUUUGUGGAGUACGCCGUGCCCUUGCCUUCCUCCGGGCACGGCGCGGGGUCGUGCUUGCCCCGCGGAGCGGACACCGACUGGCUCUUGGCCGGCAACAGGUCUCAGAGCGCGCACAGUUACUGUGGGUACCACGCGAGGGAUGCUGCGCAGACCUCCGGCUCGCCCAGCGCCUGCGCUGACCCAGGAGCCUGCCCGAGACGGGUGUUAAGUGCGGGGAAAGGAAAAAACAAGCUGCCGUGGGAGAACGAGAGUGCUGGAGACAGGGAAGGUGGUUCGGGAAACAAGGUGCCUCUCGCGAAGGGCGCGGAGCAGUCCUCUCCACCCAGUGAUUUCCUUCAGUCUCCAAAGUUAAGGCCCUCUCCAGCAAUGCCAGUCAGUGACGAGUUAUUUUUUAGUAGAAAAAGACCAUCGAGGAAUGUGUUUCAGAAUAGUAUAGAUUUUAGUGUGGAGCAUUCUUCUGUCUGUGCUGGUGCUGUGGGCUCUCAUCAGCCGCAUAUUUCAGGGAAAUGUGGACAACUUGGAUGCACACAGAUACAUGGGAGGAGUGGUAGUGUGGAUUCUGAUUUACAAUUUUUAGGAUUAAAUAACUGUCAGCAAGACAAAGCUACUGAGUCAAUCUUCUGUCCUUUCACAUCAGUCUUCAAAAUGCUGCCAGUUUGUGCCAGCCUAAAUUUUUCCAGCAAGGCACAGAGAACUUUUUGCAGUCCAGCAGAGCAUGGGUUGUCCUUCCAAGGCUCUGGUGCAAGUCAGGGGGCCUUCAUCCUGCCGUCCUAUCCUCUGUCGUCCCCCCGAAAUAGCCCAAAGCACGUCUCCCCUCCCGCUGACUCUCCGAAGAAGUCACAAGAUACCACCAUUAACUUCUCAAACUCCUGGCCGCUGAAGAGCUUCGAAGGACUGCCUAAGCCUAGUUCCCAGAAGACGCUCCUCAGUCAGAAGUCAGGAGACAAUGCAGGGGAGAAUUUGCAGGAGAAACAUUCUCCUCUGCAGCUGAAGCCGGCCUUGGUGAGACACCCACCUUCCCGGAGAGGCCUGAAUGGGACCAGACCGGUCCCCCCCAUUCCCCGCAUCGCUAGCCCGUUGCCGGAUAAGAUCGAAUUCAAUGUGACUAAGUGGAGAAACGAGGAGUGUGAAGAUGUGUGGAUGAAUGAAGUGGGGAGGAAGCUUGCAGCUGAUCUUUCAGAGCUAAAUGUUGAUGACAAAGAAGUGGACCAAGAAGAGAUGCAGAGUUCGCUUAGAUCUCUACGAAAUAGCGCAGCUAAGAAGAGGGCAAAGCUAAGCAGCAGCAUUUCAGACCUGGAGAGUCCUGAUUCUGCUCUUAAACUUGAUCUGUCUGUGGAUUCCCCUUCCCACGCUUCCUCCCCAAGUGGGAGCUCCUACAGCGAGAGUGGCGUCUGCAGCCAGGAGCCUCUGACCUCGCCGAUGUCCGCAGCCCCUCCGAGGAGGAGAGUAAUGUCAGACAUCUUUCCACUACUUGGCAGCAAAUCACAGCCUGCAAGGAUAUCUUCAGCAAGAAAGAGAGAGACUAAUGUGACAGAACAUACCUCCAGCACAGGGCUGUUUCAUGAUAAAGGGACUUCGAAUGUCAGCAUAGUUGGCCAGCGUUUGAGAUGUGGCAAUGGGUGUGGUGAUUUUGAAGACAAGAAGCAAAGUGAAGUGCCACCUACUAUUUUUAAAAGUCAAAACAUAGAACACCAGAGGAAUUUUAAGCAUUCAAAAGGUUUUACAGGGUCAACUUCUAGUUUUCAACAAAUGAACAACCAAGAUUUCAUUUCACCAAGGAUCUUGUCUGAAGAUUCGGUAGCAGUUGUCGGUAAAGGUGUUUUUGGAAGUUCUUCUGCACUCAUGUAUAGCCAGUCCAUAACGUGUGUAGAGAACGGAGACGACCAAGCUGUCAAACCAGAUGCUGAGCCAUCGUCAGGGAUCUAUGGGAGAGGCAUCCGGCAGAACAGUGCUUCUUACCUUCAUGUUGAAAAGGAAAAAGAGAUAAAAGUUGCCAUGUCAAAAUCUGCCCAGGAUAAGAUGAGGCGGAAGAAAAAAGAAGAAAAAGAACAGAAUCACAAAGAACAACAUGAAGUCAAAGACCUCGAAGAAAAAGAUGAUGAUCCCUGGGCAACACUCAAACUGAAUGAACCAGGAAAAAUGACAGUAGAAAAUUUAAGUCUCUAUGGGGAUAUAUUAGCAUCAUCAAGAAAUGAAUCUUUGUCAUUAGAAAAUGUUGUCUUGAGUCCUUCAUUAAAAAGAACGUCCAGUUUGAAGAAGACACAAUGUUCAGCCUUGCUAGAUUCUGAUGAAAUUUCUCUUGGGGCACGAGGACAGUAUAAAGACCGGACCCCAUCAGUCACUCACAGUCCAGAAAUAAUGGAUCCAUCAGAAUUACAGCCAUUUUCAAAACCAGAAACAGCACUGACAGAAGCCCUAAGACUUUUAGCUGAUGAUGACUGGGAGAAGAAAAUUGAAGGUCUGAACUUUGUGAGAUGUUUGUCUGCCUACCAUGCGGAUAUUCUGACUGUAAAGUUGCAUGAAACAAGUUUGGCUGUGGCUCAAGAGGUCAAGAAUUUACGCUCAGGUGUUUCUCGAGCUGCUGUGGUCUGUUUAGGGGAUUUGUUCACCUACCUGAAAAAGAACAUGGAUCAAGAACUAGAUAAUACAGUAAAAGUCCUCUUGCACAAAGCUGGUGAAUCCAACACAUUUAUAAGGGAAGAUGUAGACAAAGCACUGAAGGCUAUGGUUAAUAAUGUGACUCCAGCACGUGCACUUUGUUCUCUUAUAAAUGGAGGGCAAAGCCAUCUGCACACAGCGGUGAGGAGAUGCACAGCCCAGCACCUGUCGGAUGUUGUAGAACGUAUGGGUCCUGGACGGAUCCUGUCCGGAACCAAAGAUGUCACUGACAGGAUUUUACCUGCGAUAGCCAGGUUUGCACAGGACGGUUCACAAGAAACAAGGUAUUAUGGUCGAAAGAUGCUCUUCAGUAUGAUGACUCAUCCUGAUUUUGAUAAAAUGCUUGAAAAGUAUGUGCUGGCCAAGGAUUUGCCUUACAUUAAGGAGUCUGUUAGCAAUCUACGUCAAAAGGGUCUGGGGGAGAUGCCAUUAGAUACACCCUCAGCAAAAGGAAGACGUUCGCAUACCAGUAGUGUUGGACAUUCGAGGUCAUCAUCUACUUCCAGAGAUGCUCUCAACAUCACUGAGAGAGAGUCUACAGAAGCUCGUGAAGUUCCAAGAAAAACAGCUCCUCAUAAUUCACUAGAAACUGCGGAAUAUGUUAAAGUCAUUACAAAUCUACUGAAUGCAAAAGACUUCCGUGAUCGAAUAAACGGAAUUAAGCAAUUGUUAUCAGAUACAGAGAACAAUCAAGACCUUGUUGUUGCAAACAUUGUGAAGAUCUUCGAUGCUUUCAAGUCUCGCUUGCAUGACUCCAACAGUAAAGUAAAUCAGGUUGCUUUGGAGACAAUGCACAAGAUGAUUCCAUUGCUGAAAGACAAUUUAUCACCUGUGAUCAACAUGCUGAUACCUGCCAUGGUAGACAACAACCUAAACUCCAAAAAUCCAGGGAUUUAUGCAGCUGUUACAAAUGUUAUUCAGGCUCUAUGUCAACACUUAGACAACUAUUUGCUUCUCCAGCCAUUCUGCACAAAAGCCCAGUUUCUGAAUGGAAAAGCAAAACAAGAUAUGACAGAAAAGCUUGCUGACCUCGUCACGGAGUUAUACCCACGGAAGCCUCACGCUGUGGAGCAGAAGGUCUUAGUUGUCCUUUGGCACCUCCUGGGAAACACGACUAACAGCGGCUCGUUGUCUGGAGCUGGGGGCAAUAUUCGGACAGCUACCGCUAAAUUGUCUAAAGCGCUCUUCGCGCAGAUGGGUCAGAGUCUGUUAAUCCACGCCGCAGCUCAGCCACCACACAUCAAGAAGAGCUUGGAAGAAUUUCUUGAGAUAAUGACCUAAAAUACCGACCUUUGUGGGUGUGGCCGUGUGCAACUCCCUCAGCUGACGGUCUCCGCCGGCCAACAAGUGUUUACACGAAGACAAGCGGGACGCCCCUCACCUUGCUUAUUCACAGUGCCUGCGUUUGCCAUGUGGAGAACCGAACGGCCGCUUUCGGGGCGCCUGCGGCUGCCCGCGCUGCUCGGCAGCACGCCUCGCCUGCCCCGGCGCUCGCCCAAGAGCCGAUCCCGCCUGUUUGCACUUUUCAGUAGAAAUUACAGCACAGCACCCUGUUUGUAGUCAUGGAUGUGAGAUUUGUAACGAAUAAUACACUUUUUAAUCACAUAAUCAUGUUCUGACAUGUUUUAACACUCAGCCUUACAUCUGUUAAGCGGAAGAAGCUCCUGGAGGUGAUUAUAAAGGACGGGGUUUUGUGUGAUACUUGUGGAAAACAUGUAUUUUUUUAACCCGCGCCUGUACUCGUGCAGUGUUAGCUUGCUGCGGCCGUUGGCUGCCAGCCCCUCACCGCUGCGGCGGGGCGGCCAAGCGCUGACCGGGGGGGGGGGAGGGGGGCGGCCCGCCCUAACGGUCCGCCGGCGCCGCUCCCGCCAGCUCCCGGUGCUGUACUCGUUUUGCAGAGGAACCGUUCGAGAAUAAACGGAUUUAUUUCUGUAA